AAUAAAUUCUGAAAGCAUGAUCGAUUAUUGGAUUACACUGCUUCUGGGCCUAAGUGUGAACUUGGGAUGCACCAGCGGCUACAACUACUGCUCCAAUAAGAGCCAUACCUGCGACAAGGCUGGCUUGAAGCAUUUCAUAUGUCGCAAAGAAACCGAGUUCAAGCCGCUCUUCAACACGGCACGAUACGUGACCACCUUACCUGAAACAAUGCGAUUGAGACGAACCAUUCUCGACUAUUUUAAUCGUUUUCGUGAUGAGUUGGCCUCCGGUGAACUGUUGACCAAUUCGAACAAGAGCUUCAAAAGUGCCGCUCGAAUGCGGGCUCUGAUCUGGGAUGAAGAAUUGGCGUAUACGGCCCGAAUGCACGCCUCCACCGUCUCAUUCAAGCAUUCCGAAUGCCGCAGCGUCUCACGUUUUCCCAUGACUGGCGAGUCACUGGGCUUGGUUGGUGUGAGUUCCGAGCCGAGGAAAAUUGAGGAUAUACUGAAUUUGACGUUGCGGGUCAUGUUCGAUGAAUUUCUAGCUGUGGAGGAUCCUGACAGGAUUGUCGACUUCUUCGACCCAUUAAGCGAUUAUAGCGUGGCACAUUUUUCCUGCAUAGGAAAUGAUCGGCUAUCUCGAGUCGGCUGUGGCAUUGCCACGGCCACGAGAUGUAGCAAAAACAAAAAUGAGGAAGGCUAUUGCCACUUUUUCACCUGUCACUAUGAUUAUACGAACAUAGCUUAUUCUUACAUGUACAAAGCGGGAACAGCAGCAAGUCAAUGCGACGAAUGGAAAUCGCUUCCCAGUGCCUCGUAUCCGAAUUUAUGCGAAAAUACCGGCCAAAUCUUCCCAUUAGAUCAUGGCGACGAGAAUAAAACUGCAAGCUAAAUAUAACGCACUGUAUAUAAAUUUAUAUAUUUUUUCUGAGUACUAUUGUGUUUGCUUAUUGUUUUUUAUUAAUAAAUGAAUAUUCCGGUAGGCUCUGGCUGCAACUUUUUCAUUAAAGAAUUCCGGGGAUGUUAUAGAAUUGGUAUACUUUCUGGUUAUGUAACUCAUUCCGAUCAAGUAGUGGGUAUUUAAAGUGAAUUCGGGAAGUAAAAAAUCGGAACUUUCCUGAUUAUUUUGGAUGCGUAUCGCCUGUCACAUCAUUCAAUCUUAAAAGUCUGAGUGAGUUGGCGAUUAAAACUGAUUGUUAAUGCCACAAACGAUAUUAUCGCAUAUAUGUACAUAUGUAUGUAUGUAUGUAGUUUAUAUAAGUCAAACCGACUUAUUGUUCGAUUACACAAACCCCAAAUACUUGUAUGGGAGCUAUUGUUCAAUACAAACGUACAUACUCGUAUGUACUAGUGUACUAGUAUAUGCUUCAGUUACCUUUGAGAGAUUUUUCAUGUAUUUUAGAUUAGUCACUUA